GUUGUGUGGAGGUGUGCCCCAAAAAGAUUUUUGAUUGGUCAAAAAUGGCAACUACCACUACGUUAAUUGGUUGUUUAGCGAUGCACGUCCAAGGACGAAAUUUUCCAAAGACGGCGAAAUAAGACAAACUGCAUACAAGUUUUUUUUGAACAGUGCAUUACAAUGUGGAGGCAGAAAUCUCAUCUGCUUUGGCGUCAUGUCAGCAGUCCUGGUAUCUAUGGCAACCAGUGUGUUAGAUGCCUGGCUAAUUAUGAUAAGCCGACAAUAGCAAUACGCAGAGAGACUGUAAACGUCUGGGAGAGACGAGCACCGCUUGCUCCAAGACAUGUCGAGAAAUUAGUCAAGAAGGGAGUAAGAGUGAUAGUUCAACCAUCCAACAGAAGAGCAUACAAUAUGCAGGAGUAUGUUGAGAAAGGGGCAAUAAUCCAGGAAGAUCUUAGUGAGGCCUCUGUAGUGAUUGGUGUGAAACAAGUGCCAAUAGAUCUGCUCAUGCCAGAUAAAACAUUCUGCUUCUUUUCGCACACAAUCAAGGCUCAGAAAGACAACAUGCCUUUACUAGAUGCCAUUCUUGAAAAGAAUGUUCGAUUGAUAGACUAUGAAAAGAUGGCGGAUGAGGCAGGUCAACGUGUUGUAGCAUUUGGGAAAUACGCUGGAGUAGUCGGCAUGAUAAAUAUUCUGCACGGGAUGGGUCUCCGACUUCUUGCUCUUGGGCACCAUACACCAUUUAUGCACAUUGGACCAAGCCACAACUAUCGCAAUAGUGAAGCUGCAAGACAAGCAGUGAGGGAUGCUGGGUAUGAGAUUGCGCUUGGAAGAACGCCACGAUCUAUUGGACCCUUGACAUUUAUAUUCACAGGGUCUGGCAACGUCUCUAGGGGAGCUCAAGAAGUGUUUCAAGAGUUGCCACAUGAAUAUAUAGAACCUGACCAUCUUGCAAAAGUUGCCAAAAAAGGGUCAAUGAGAAAAGUGUAUGGAUGUGUGGUCAGUCGUGAUGACCAUUAUACGAGGCUGGAAGGGGGAAAAUUUGAUGCUGCCGAGUUCGAGGAACAUCCUGAAAGAUAUGCAUCUACUUUCAGUCACAAGAUUGCACCUUACUCAUCAUGUAUCAUAAACGGCAUAUACUGGGCUCCAAAUUCACCCCGACUGCUCACCAUUCCUGAUGCCAAAACCCUUCUGCGGGCUCAAGAGUUUCCAUGGAUACCAUCCAGUGAGGGCUGCCCCCAGUUACCACAUCGUUUGAUCGCAUUGUGCGAUAUCUCAGCGGAUCCUGGAGGCUCAAUAGAAUUUAUGAAGGAGUGCACAACUAUUGAUAAGCCUUUUUGUCUGUAUGAUGCUGAGCUGAACGUGGAGAGGGAAAGCAAAAGUAUGCGCAGUAGUUUCAAAGGAGAUGGUGUGCUGAUAUGUUCCAUAGAUAACAUGCCUGCUCAAAUGCCGAGGGAAGCAACAGAAUACUUUGGAAGUCUUUUACUUCCCUAUAUCUCAGAAAUUCUGAAGUCAGAUGCAACCAGUUCCUUUGAAGACUAUAAUGCUAACCCAACGGUCAAAAAUGCUGUGAUUGCUUCCAAUGGAAAGUUGACGCCCAAUUUUGAAUAUAUUGCAGCCUUAAGGAAGAAAAGCUUGUCAUCAAAGAAAAGCAAGGUUGUCCCAGGACAGAAGAAGGUCCUUAUCCUUGGAGCAGGGUAUGUCGCCGGGCCAGCAGUGGAGUAUCUCAGCAGGGACAGUAAUGUAAAGGUUACUGUUGUUUCCCAGUUGAAAGAGGAGCUAGAGAGAAUUGAGUCACGAUGUCCAGAUGUUGAAUAUCAGAUGUUCGAUGUGACACGUCAUCCAGAGGAAGUUGACAAACUGGUACCAGAAUAUGAUGUUGUUGUCAGUCUGUUGCCAUACACAAUGCAUCCAGAAGUUGCCAAGUCAUGUAUUAAACAUGGCAAAAAUAUGGUCACUGCAAGUUACGUAACACCAGCAAUGAAGGAAUUACAUCAAGCUGCUGUGGAUGCCAAUGUGACUAUAGUGAAUGAGGUGGGGGUUGAUCCAGGCAUUGAUCACAUGUUGGCAAUGGAAUGUUUUGAUGAAGUAAAGCAUGCUGGGGGAAAGAUCACAUCCUACGUGUCACACUGUGGUGGAUUGCCAGCACCUGAGGAUUCAGCCACGCCAUUGAGAUACAAAUUCAGCUGGUUCCCAAGAGGUGUAUUGAUGAAUUGUUUGAAUGGUGCCAAGUUUUUACAGAAUGGCAAGGUUGUAGAGAUAGCAGGAAAUGGUGGUCUGUUGGAUGCUGUAGAAGAGUUGACCUUCAUGCCAGGGUUCAACAUUGAGGGCUUCCCUAACAGGGACUCAACAAAGUACACUUCAGAGUAUGGUAUAGAUAAUGCUCAUACUUGUAUAAGGGGAACCAUCAGAUACAAGGGAUUCUCAAAUGUUGCAAAGGGAUUGUUGAAGCUUGGACUACUCAGUGAUGAACCACAAGCCAUUCUACAUCCAAAUGGACCAGAAAAGACAUGGAGAGAGUAUUUCUGCCAGAAGUAUGGCAAACAAUCAGACAUGUUGGUAGAUUCUCUGAAAGAUCUGCUGUAUGAGGAUAUGGGACAAGACAGUGAAAGACUGGAGGCCAUUGUCAGAAUGGGAUUGCUGGACGAUGAUCUAAUAGACAAGAGGGGCUCACCAAUUGACACGCUGUCAAACUAUCUCUCUAAAAGACUUUCCUUUGGUACUGGAGAGAGAGACAUGAUUCUCAUGCAUCAUGAUAUUGGUGUACAGUGGCUGGAUGGUUCUAGCGAGAGAAGGCAUGUCAGUCUGGUAGUUUAUGGAGAAGAGAACGGAUACUCUGCUAUGGCUAAAACAGUGGGCCUUCCAACUGGUAUUGCAACAAAAAUGGUCCUUGAAGGUGAAAUACAAAGAAAAGGCAUGGUCAUUCCUCUUAACAUGGAUAUAUACAAUCCUAUCUUGAAUCGUCUUAAAGUGGAGGGGAUCAGAGCAAGAGAAGUUAUUGAACAGUAUUGAGGAGAGAGGGGGCAGCUUUUAAUGUCCCACCAUUAUACUGCAUGUUGGGGAACAUCUCAAACUUGUCAUAGACCUUGACCUUAUGUCCUAGAUUAUGACUUGACAGAUUUUAUCAUAGAGCUUGUACAAGGACAUGUUGUGAUUGUGGUGGACUAGUCUAGAAUAUAAUAUGUGUGUUAUUUGUUUAUGAAUAUUCUGUUAAUAAUCCAAUUAUCGCCCAAGCUUUUAUUAGAGUCAGGGUCAGACAUUUAGGAUGAGUGGUCGUAAGAGACAGUCUUUUACAGGUCUCUCACAAAACUGUAUGGGUAGAAAGAUUGAGAUGAAAGCUGGUGUAACUUGGCAACAGCACUCAUCUUAAAUGUGUGUAUAUGUGUCUGUGAUAUGAGAAGCAAGAAAUACUGUCUUGCUAUCAAAUAUAUGAAGUAAAGAAUGGAGAAAACAAAGUCUGUUGGUAUGUUAAGAAAUAAGAAAAAAAGUCUUCUUAAUGUAAGCUAGGUUUUACUUCAGCUCAUGAGGGGAGCAUUUAAAACAUCUUAUUGACGUCCAUUUUUCAUGUUUAAAAAAUUUUGAUUUAUGCUAAUUAGAGCAUGGGCAGUAAUUAGAGCAUGGGCAGUAAUUAGAAUAUUAACAAUACUCAGCUGUGGUAGUUCCAUGUCUUUCAGUAAAAGCUUAAGGAGGAAUACAGUGUGUAUAAAUUUAUAAUUUCAUGGUAUGAAUGUGAUCAAGAAGUAUCACUUCAUAAUUGAUUGUAUUACCUUCAUAUGUGAUUGAUUACUCCACCUCUAUUUUACACUUCCAGUUUGUUAAUUAUAAACCAGGGUACUUAUAUAAUGUAUUCUCAAAAGGAUUUUUCAAUUUUUCAAUAAUAUAUUAAAUAUAUAUAUAUCUGUUUGUUAUGAUUUUAGAGACACUUUAAGAAAGAUGGAUUUGUUUAAUUAGGUUGCGGACAGGUAACGACAUUUAAACAAAUUACAUAUUCUCUGCAUGCUAUAAUUUAUCGGCAUUCUCUAACUUUUAUGGAAAUCCAUUUGAGCUACAUUUACGUUGGAAGAAUGCCUAACAAGAAUAUGUAACCAUACUAAAAUUGCCAGAAGUCAUUCUAAAUAUCAAAUUGACAGUAUAAUUUCCAUUUUUUAAAAAGAAGGAUUUAGCAUUGAUAACAAUAAAGAUUCUGAAGCAUGCUUGUAGUAGCAGCAUACAAGGUUUGACGAUCCAAAGUUGGUGACUUGGUGUACUAAGAAUAAUAUGCUGUUUUAUUACAUGUUUUUCAGUGAUUUAUUGAAAUGUUACAGUGAAAUAUAUCUGGUAUUUUGUAAUAUUUUGUUCACUGGUAAGAAACUAUAAAAUGGGAAAAUUUAGUCAAAACAUGAAUAUAAAAGAAACUUGGUUUGUUUUACAUGUAAUAUCAAUAGAUCUUUCACUCAUGAACACCAUGUCUUACAUUUUCCCUAUGCCACUCGUAAAAAAAUAUUGCAUCUAGUGUUCACUGUUGACAGAUAUAUCAUUUUAAUAUGACUAGCAAUGCUUAAAUCGUUACAACGAUAUUAUGUCGACGUCAGGUCAUGGUGAUAUUUGGCUUCAUGUGCUCCAUGCAUUGACAAAUAGCGCUUUCAAAUUUGAUCAAAUAUUUUACUUAAAACAUAAAUAUGAAAUAUUUGUUAAUUGAUAUAUUUUGUUAGUGUUUGAUUUUUAAAAAAUCACAUAAUGUUUAAAUCAGCUAAAAUGAUCUUUCUUAGCCUGUGAUAGUUAAAACUAAGUAACAAUUAGCAUACAAUUUGUUGCAAGUUAGAAUUGUUUAUUUUCCAUUCUAUGCAUGGAAAGCUGUUGGUUUUUUUUUUUUUUGAAACUUUUUGUCUGUGUUAAAAAUAUAAGUUUUAUCAUAACAUGACAUUGUUUUCAAAGGGAGAUAACUCUGAUUAACCACCUUUAAGUUAAAAAUUUAUGACUGUUUAAUGCUCGCUAUUUAAAAUUCUAUUGUCUUCAAAGAUUUUUUUUUGAAGACUUUUUAUUCUCUUAUAUAUACACCAAAGAAUCUCAAGUUACUUUUCUUUGAGUUGGCUUUAUAUACCAUACUGUACUGUGAAAUCAUUAAUAUUUGUAGAGCACUGAUUUUUAUGGAUUAAGUGGUGUUGCUUCAGUCCAUGAAAUAAAAAAAAUAAACGACCACACCUUUUGUUAUCAGUUUAAAUUGAGAAUCUCAUGUCAUUUUGUAUCUUCAACAACCGCAAAGUGGGCAUGUUUUUGUAGGUGUCAACAAACUUCAUUGGUCAAAAAUUGUGCUGAAGUCACAUGACUUAGCAAUCAUGUGCUUCACAAAAAUUUGGUAUCUUCGGCGAUUCUUGCCUAAUAAUUGGUUUUGGAAGAAUAAUGGCCACUGAAAGGGGUCAAAUAUGAUGGUCGGGAGGCAGUUCCAGUGGCCGCUGACCGCAGAUGGGAGGUAACUGCUGAAUAUAGUGAUGAAAUAGAGGGAAAUCCGUCGGGGGGGGUGGGGGCGUCAUAAAAUGACCGCUGAACGGAGGUGACCGCUGAUCGAAGGUGAACGUUAGUACAGGUUAGAGUGUAAUAUAUAAUAUGAUCUUCAAAUAAUCCAAGUCCACGAAUUUGAAUCCUGAUGGAAUGAUUGUUUAGGCCAAAACCACUCAAUUUCAUGCCCACAAAAUUAAUUGAUUUCCCAGUAGUCGUGAUUUUCCCAUUGUGAUAAGACUUACGUGACAGUAUUUGGUUGUUUAUAUAUUUACAGUUUAUAUUGGUUCAAGUGUGUGGUUGUUGUUAACUUUGAACUGAAAGUAUGAUUUCACAGAUUUUAAGAAAUCUUUUGUAAGAGCUCCAACAAGAGAUUUACUUGAAAAUUAUAGCCUUGUCGAUGAUACUAAACCUGUACAAAGAAAUCCAGGUACAGGGUAUACAUAUAUAUUGAAUCUUUUGAUCAAGUCCUUAUGAUUUUUAGCUCGACUAUUCAAAGAAUAGGGGAGCUAUCCUACUCGCCCCGGCGUCGACGUGAGCGUCACACAAAAUGUUAAAUCGGUGUGAAAAUAAGAGAAAAAUGUUGGUAAGCUUAGGUAUUAUUCUGAAUACUAUGAAAACUCCUCGUCUAGUCCCUCUGUCGUUCCUAAAGACGUUAUAAUUAGUGGGAAAUAUUUCAGAAUGCAAGUUUGUGUACCACCCCAAAUAUUUUCAAAGUCCAUUGAGAUAUUGCUUUCAUAUUUUGCAUACUUGUUUACCAUCAUGACCCCAGUCUGUAAAAAGGAGGAGGCAACUCUAUCAAGCAUAUUGACUGAAUUAUGGCCCCUUUUCGACUUAGAAUAUGCUUAUUUUAAUGUUACAAGUUUUACUUUUUUGAGAAUAGUCGAGCGCACUGUCCACUGACAGCUCUUGUUCUAUGUGUCUAUUACCUAAUUUUGGGAUUUCUGUAGUUCAUAAUGCUUCACAAAGGUAUACAGUUAAAAUUAUCUUGGGGCAGCCACAAAACCGGACUGGUAGUCAGCAUACUAGUAUGCUUCAAUUUGAUAGGAAGUCUUCAAAUCAGGAGGUCUCAGUUCACAAGUGGCCUGUGUUCAUGGUUGGUAUAUGUUCACAGGCAAUCUGUAUUUAUGGGAAGUCUGUGUUCACAGGUGGUCUCUGUUCACAGGCUGUCUGUACUCAAAGGAAGUCUGUGUUCACUGGUGGUCUCUGUUCACAGUUGAUCUGUGUUCACAGGUGGUCUCUGUUCAAAGGUAAUCUGUAUUCAAAGGUAAUCUGUAUUCAAAGGUGGUCUCUGUUCAUUGGUGUUCUUUGUUCACAGGCAGUCUGUAUUCAAGGGCAGUCUGUUCACAGGUGGUCUCUGUUCAUGGGGGUGGGGGGUCUCGUUCACAGGUAGUACAUGAUCGUAAGCAGUCUUAAGCUCAUGUUUAAUUGUAACUUUUUCCUCAUCAAUCUGACGUAUGGUGAAAAUCAAAAAGCAUGUGAAUAUGAGUGAAAUUACACACAUGUAUAAACCUUUUUAGCUCACCUGAGCCAAAGGCUCAUGGUGAGCUUCUGUGACCGUUCAAUGUCCAUCGUCAGUCGUGUCCAUCAACAUUUUCUGAAAAAAUCUUCUUCUUGAAAACCACUGGGCAGAAUUACACCAAACUUCACAGGAAUGAUCCUUGGGUGGUCCCCUUUCAAAAUUGUUCAAAGAAUUUAAUUCUAUGCAGAACUCUGGUUGCCAUGGCAACGGAAAGGAGAAACUUUAAAAAUCUUGUCUAGAACCACAUGGCAUAUAACCUUGAUAUUUGGCGUGUGACAUCAUCUAAUAGUCUUCUACCAAAAUUGUUCAAAUUAUGCCCCUGGGAUAAAAAGAGGCCCCUCCCCGGGGGUCCCAAGUUUUACAUAGACUUAUAUAGGAAAAAACUUUAAAAAUCUUCUUGUCUAAAACCACAAGACCUAGGCCUUUGAUAUUUGGUAUGUAGAAUUGCCUUGUGGUCCUCUUUCAAAAUUGUUCAAAUUAUUACCCUGGGGUGAAAAGAGGCCCCGCCCCGGGGGGUCUCAAGUUUUACACAGACUUAUAUAGGAAAAAAUUUAAAAAUCUUGUCUGAAACUGCAAAACCUAGGCCUUUGAUAUUUUGUAUGUAGCAUUGCCUUGUGGUCCUCUAUGAAGAUUGUUCAAAUUUUGCCCCUGGGGUCCCAAGUUUUACAGACUUAUAUAGGAAAAAAUAAAAAUCUUCUUGUCUGAAAGUUCAAGGCCUAGGCCUUUGAUAUUUUGUAUGUAGCAUUGCCUAUUGGACCUGUAACAAGAUUGUUCAAAUUACGCCCCUAGGGUGAAAAGAGGCCCCGCCCUGGAGGUCACUUGUUAUAUGAGUUAUAUUGGAAAAAAUACUUCAAAAAUUAUCAGAUCAUAUUUCCAAGACUGUUUAAUUAUAUUUACCUGAUGUACCUAAGUAAUUAUGGGUCAUCUUACUGUGACCUUGACCUACUGACCUACUUUCUUGUUUUUUAAGAUACAGCCUUGAAAUUUGGAUGUCAUGUACAGUUUUGCAUACCGAUCUUAAAAACUGACUUUCAGUGACCAUGAAUGUGACAUAAUGACCUACUUUCUUUAUAUUUUAGCAUCAGUUUGCCAUUUGAAACAUGUGGCUCAUAUUACUCAGGUGAGCGAUUCAGGGUCAUCAUGACCCUCUUGUUUGUUUUGAUCAUUUUAUUGUUGAAAUAUACAUUUUGUAUAUUUAUGUUUACACCAUGGCAACAUAUCUGUAUUUUUUCAUAUUGCUGUUUGUUUAACUAGCAAUUAACUAACAGUAUUUUUCUUACAUUUUACUUAACAUUUCAUGAUAAAUAUGUAUCUUGUUUGCAGUGAAUUUGCUUUUUCACGUGUGACAUCUUUGCAAGAUGUAUGUAAUCUACUGUAGAUUUGAUAUCCUUUGCAAAUGAUUUAUUUUUGCUUACAUUCACUUCCAGCACUAUCAUUCUGAUAUCCAUGGCAACAGAAAACAAAUGGCAGAUUAGUUUCAUUUCAAAUUAUACAUUCAGUUUUCUCUUUAUAUUCAGUGUUAAAAAGAAAGGUCAUUUUUCAGCCAGAGAAUUGGUACUGUAAUGAAUUAUUUUUGAAAUGCCACUGACAAAACUUAUAGUUGUUUCAUCUGGAACUGUAUAUUUAAAAUGACCUUUGAUCAACCUUUGUUUGAAAAUCUUUUUUACUUUUAGUCUAAUAUGAUCCAGUUCCAUUCAUUAUAAAAAGAACUAGAGAUGCUUUUGAGAAAAGCACGUCUCCCACAACUGCCCCUAUGAAAAAUGUCUAGUUUCUCUGUAUGGUCUAGAUGAGUGGAUCCAAUUAGAUGGUCUGGAUGAGUGGAUCCUAUCAGUAAUUCAAGGGCCAUAAUUCAAAAGUGCCUGGGCGGAUUUGGCUAGUUAUUGAACUUGGCCGAGGUCUUAUGGUCAAACACAUUUUGUUCAAGUUUGGUGAAGAUCGGAUGAGAAAUGUUCAACUUAAAAAGUGCGGACAAGCUUUGUGACAGACACACAGACUGGAGUAAAUCAAUACGUCUCCCACACCACUGUGUGGUGGGAGACAUAAUAAUCUCUGUGCCUCAUUGACUGUCUAGAAAUCAUCACAUGCAGUGAAAUGCAAAUAAAUGAUUCUGUGUAAUGGGUUUUUACUAUCAAAGUGUACAGCAGGAGGACGGCAGAUUAUGUAGAAUCUACAGUGACUUUGGAGAGAAUCAGUACUUUCUGUUUUCACAGUAUUCUUACUCCGGUAGAUUUGUAAUAAUAAUUGAAAAUGUAUGUCUGUUUUGAAAGUUUAUCUUGUUGCUUUAAAACUUGCUAUUAUGUACUUCUAUCCUCUAUCAAACUUUUGUCAAUAAUGCGUUUAAUACAUCAUUCAAUAUUGAAUAUAGAUGAAAAACUGUCUUAACAAAAGCCUUUUAAGAUUAUCUUCUGCUGAAUCUCCUGUAUUGUACAUUGUAAUGCAGCCUUUUAUUACUCACGACAUGUGAUCUCUGGUGAUGCAACAAAUAUCAGUAGGAAUUUAUAUGUCAAAUACUUUGAGGUAAUCGAGAUUAUUUUAUUCAAAUGUUUCUAAUUUACAUUGAUCAUAUAAGAAAAUUCUCAAUAAACCUGUUUUUCCCCCAAUGGCCUUGUAACAGAUCCUUUUUCUGUUGUAUUAUGCCGCCUAAGUUUUGUGAUAUAUUCACGAGUUUGUGAUACAUGCAAAGGUGCUGAUAACUGUCCUAAUUAAAUCUGUGUAGUUACAAAAAGUUGCCAAUAUUUUCCUAAUCAAAUCCAUGUUACAACUAAAGAAUCAUUUGGUUUUUGGUCUUGUUUCUCAGCAUUUGUUUUUCACAAAACAUGCACUUGCCAUUGUAACACGAGCAAAUUGCAUUUCGUUUUUAGUUACAUGAUAUAUACAAGAAUUUCACUUGAACUUAUAGCGGGAUCUUUGUGAUCUUAAGUCCAACUGAACAGUAGUGCUAGCCAUGCUAAAAUGCAUGGUUCAGACUAUAGUUACAGAUAGAGAGGUACCAGUAAUAUGUACAGCAGAUUUGAUUUUGUUUUUGCCUCGAUGAAUUACAUCACAGACAAUACUGUACUGUAACAAACCUUUCUUUGUUGUACUUCGAAAAUUUGAAACUCGUUAAAUUUUAAUUAUUAAUCAAAGAGGCAUAGAGCCAAAUCAUUUUUAGCUCACAUGUCACAAAGUGACAAGGUGAGCUUUUGUGAUCGCACAGCAUCCUUUGUGCGUGCGUGCGUGCAUGCAUCCAUAAACUUUUGCUUGUGACCACUCUAGAGGUCACAUUUUUCAAGGGAUCUUUAUGAAAGUUGGUCAAAAUGUUCAUCUUGAUGAUAUCUAGGUCAGGUUCGAAACUGGGGCACGUGCGGUCCAAAACUAGGUCAGUAGGUCUAAAAAUAGAAAAAACUUGUGACCUCUCUAUAGGCCAUACUUCUCAAUGGAUCUUCAUGAAAAUUGGUCAAAAUGUUCACUUUGAUGAUAUCUAGGUCAAGUUCGAAACUGGGUCACGUGCCUUCAAAAACUAGAUCAGUAGGUCAGAUAAUAAAAAAACCUUGUGACCUCUCUAGAGGCCAUAUUUUUCAUGGGAUCUGUAUGAAAGUUGGUCUGAAUGUUCAUCUUGAUGAUAUCUAGGUCAAGUUCAAAACUGGGUCAACUGCGGUCAAAAACUAGGUCAGUAGGUCUAAAAAAAGAAAAACCUUGUGACCUCUCUAGAGGCCAUACUUUUGAAUGGAUCUUCAUGGAAAUUGGUCAGAAUGUUCACCUUGAUGAUAUCUAGGUCAAGUUCGAAACUGGGUCACAUGCCUUCAAAACUAGGUCAGUAGGUCAAAUAAUAAAAAGACCUUGUGACCUCUCUAGAGGCCAUAUUUUUCAGGGAUCUGUAUGAAAGUUGGUCUGAGUAUUCAUUUUGAUGAUAUCUAGGUCAAGUUCGAAACUGGGUCAACUGCGUUAAAAAACUAGGUCAGUAGGUCUAAAUAUUGAAAAACCUUUUGACCUAUCUAGAGGCCAUAUUUUUCAAUGGAUCUUCAUGAAAAUUGAUCUGAAUGUUCACCUUGAUGAUAUCUAGGUAAGAUUAGAAACUGGGUCAUGUGCGGUCAAAAACUAGGUCAGUAGGUAUAAAAAUAGAAAAACCUUGUGACCUCUCUAGAUAUCAUAUUUUUCAUGAGAUCUUCAUGAACAUUGGUGAGAAUGUUCACCUUGAUGAUAUCUGGGUCACGUGCCUUCAAAAACUAGGUCAUUAGGUCAAAUAAUAGAAAAACCUUGUGACCUCUAGAGGCCAUAUUUUUCAGUGGAUCUUCACGAAAAUUAGUCAGAAUUUUUAUCUUGAUGAUAUCUAGGUCAAGUUCAAAACUGGGUCACAUGAGCUCAAGAACUAGGUCACUAUGUCAAAUAAUAGAAAAAAAGACGUCAUACUCAGUUCAAAACUGGGUCAUGUGGGGACAGGUGAGCGAUUCAGGACCAUCAUGGUCCUCUUGUUUAUUUUAUUUAGACAGAUUAUAUUCUGGAGAAAAAACAAGUGAAGUAAGAAUAUACAUGUUUAUUUCAUUAUGUUGUUAUCACUGUUAACAUAUCACACAGUAAAUUUCUUGAACAAACUUUACACUUUUGCUUGUCAAUCAUAAAUAAAUAUUACAUGGAAUGUA